UUGUUAUCCUGCCAGGGAAGCAUAUUCCAGGUCAAUUUAAUUACUGAAUAACUAUUUAGUUAACCACUUAGGUGACUAACAACAUUACACCAAUGGAAUCGAAGAUCGCCCAUUUUCUAGCUCCUCCUAUUAAUUGAAGAAGAGUAAAUACCCUUCCCGUCCUUGUACCUGUACGUUCGCUCCGAAUGCUGUUUACUGAGCAGAGCCGAGACGAGUGGCGGCAACACCCUCGAUCUCCUCGACAGCCGCGGUCAGCUUGGCGCUGGCACUCUUCAGCUCGGGGAUCUGCUCAGCAAGAGCAGCGACCAUGGUGCUGAUGGCGCCGAGAGCACCGCCUAGAUGUUGUUAGAGCGAUUCUAUUUGUUUGUGUCAUGUUCACUUGCCCUCAGCAGCAUCCGCCUCAUCACGCUUGUUGGCAAGGGGCCGAAGAGAACCAGUGAGGGCACCGAGAAGACCGUCGGGGGAUCCACCGAGGCCCUUGACAAGGCCGUCGACAAGACCGGUGACUCCUUUGAGGAGUCCGUUGACGACGGUGCCGCCAAGCUUGACGAUCAGGUCGCUCUGCUCGCGCUCGACAAGCUCAUCGUUGCGCUUGCUGAUGUCGGCAACGAGCCUGUCGAAGAGGAGGACCUCGUCACGAGCAACGACUGCGUUUUUGGUCUCCUGGAUAGCAGGUGCGGCCAUGGCAACGGCGGCCAGGAGAGGAAGGGCGACAGAGAUGAACUUCAUUUUGAAGGUUGGGUUGUUUGAAAGACGGGAGUGAAGUGAAGAGUGUGAGUGUUGAGAGUGAGUUGUGGUUGUGAUGAUGGUUGUGAUUGCAAGUGUGAGUGUG